ACUGUCGAACGAUGAGAAGUGUGAGAUGUAAUGUGUUAGGACCUUGCACAAAAGUCACUUUUUUGCCGUUUUAGUUGACUAUGAAGCUGUAAAGUUAACCAAUCUGGUAWCAGCAAUGCCGAAUAAAGGCAAAAAAGAGAAGGCUUCCAAAGCAAGUGGAUCAUCAAAGCAAGCUAGUAAAGAUACCACGGAUGGUCCAAUAGAAGAUASCAAAAAUAAAGCUCAUGGCGCCUCUCAUCCGCCCAGUCAAGUUGUGAAACUCCGUCAUUUUGCCAACGGCCCUUCAAUUAUGAGGAAGGAGAAACGACAUAGUUCAACUUUCAAUGUGAGCGAUAACCGGGAAUUGGUUAAAUUACCUCCAUUAAAAGAUUGUGCUUCAGCUGAGAGAGAAGCCCUCUUUGUACAGAAGCUUCAACAAUGUUGUGUGAUGUUUGAUUUUGCAAUUGAUCCUCUUAGUGAUUUGAAGUACAAAGAGGUCAAACGGGCAUCUCUUAAUGAACUCGUCGACUUUGUGACUCAUAAUAAAAACAUUAUAACAGAACCUAUUUAUCCAGAAGCAGUCAAAAUGUUUUCCUGUAAUACCUUUCGGACUUUACCACCUCCCUCCAACCCUAAUGGUGCAGAGUUUGAUCCUGAGGAGGAUGAACCAAACUUAGAAGCAUCCUGGCCACAUUUACAGAUUGUUUAUGAGCUGUUUUUGAGGUUUCUGGAGUCUCAAGACUUUCAACCAUCAAUGGCGAAGAAACAUAUCGAUCAGAAAUUUACAUUACAGUUACUUGAAUUAUUCGACAGCGAGGACCCUCGYGAAAGAGACUUCCUAAAGACUAUUUUACAUAGAAUCUAUGGCAAAUUCCUUGGACUACGAGCUUUUAUAAGAAAAUAUAUCAAUAAUAUAUUCUACAGGUUUAUUUAUGAAACAGAAAGACAUAAUGGAGUUGCUGAGCUACUUGAAAUUCUYGGCAGUAUAAUCAAUGGGUUUGCACUUCCUCUGAAAGAAGAGCACAAGUGCUUCUUGAUCAAAGUUUUAAUGCCGCUGCAUAAAGUGAAAUCGCUUGGCAUGUAUCACCCGCAGCUGGCCUACUGUGUUGUUCAGUUUUUAGAAAAAGACCCCACCCUUACAGAACCGGUUUUAGUGGCAUUGAUGAGAUUCUGGCCAAAAGUUCACAGCCCAAAAGAGGUUAUGUUCCUUAAUGAACUGGAGGAAAUACUUGAUGUCAUUGAACCAACUGAGUUUGUAAAAGUCAUUGAUCCACUUUUCAAGCAGUUGGCCAAGUGUGUCUCAAGUCCUCAUUUUCAGGUUGCAGAGCGUGCACUCUACUACUGGAACAAUGAGUACAUCAUGAGUUUAAUAAGUGACAAUGCUAAUGUAAUAUUACCUGUCAUGUUUGCAUCUUUAUAUAAGAACUCCAAGAAUCACUGGAAUAAGACAAUACAUGGCUUAAUCUACAAUGCAUUAAAACUCUUUAUGGAGAUGAAUCAAAAACUAUUUGAUGAUUGUACRCAAAAGUACAAAGCAGAAAAGCAAAAGGAGAAAGAAAAGCUAAAAGAAAGAGAAAAUGCRUGGCUAAAAAUCCAAGAGUUGGCUAUUAAGAAUCCAGAUUAUGCAAAGGUGGCGCGGUUGUCAGAUGAUGAUAAUGAUAAUGAAAAUGAUGCAAGAGACAUGGAAUGUGCAGAUGGCUCUGUGAAUAUGGAGCAAAUUUUGAAUGCCAAACCAGGUUCAAAGGAUCUAAAUGCAACAACGAAAAAUCAAAGCAGGAAGUUUGUGCGGAGAAAGUCUGACAUCCCACACGACUCACGGACAGUGAAAGCACUCCAAGACUAUCAGCCUCCYGAAGAGUAUUUAGGUGCAUCAGUAUCGUCAGAAUCAUAAAUAAUAUACCUUGACUUUCUAGCAUGUCUUGAURAACAAAAUGUAAGCAUAGUUUCAUGUUUGAUAUCUUUGAAAAAUGGUUGCCAAUGGACCAUCUGAUCUUCCUUUUUAUUAAAUGCUUAUCAKGCCACAUUCUUUUCAAUAUUAUAUAUAUCUGUGUGUACUACCUUUCAACCUUCAGACUCUGUMAGGAUUUUUGUAAUGUUUUUUAUUUCUUUUCAAUUUUGCUUUUGGCUCUUUCAAACUUUGUGUUUUAAUCCACUCUGAUAUUUUGAAUGAAAAUGUUUGUGAUAAAUAUUAAUAAUUAUUAUUGUUAUUGGCAGUCAUUUACAAAAGUUAUYAUCCAAAAUGCUUAUACAUAUUAAUUCUAAGAAUUAUAAAUAGGAUAAUACAGUGUGCUUUUCUGGAGUAAUAUAAAUAAUAAUAAAUAUAAUAAUGUAGAGACUGUGCAUUCUGAGAUUGCAAAAUAUUAUUUUAAUGUUUAAUAUUAAUGUACAUUACUAAACCUUGCAUUCAUCUUUAAAGUCAAGUAUUUUAGAACAUUUUUACCUGAAYUUGAAAGUAGGAUUGGUCAGAUAUUUUUGACAAUAUAUAUGAUUGUAAGAUAGAUUAUUUUAUGAAAGUCUUGUGGUGGUGAUAAACGUAAUAGUGGUGAACAGGGGUGAAGCAAGGCCGACUUGGCAAUUAUGCACAUGUUUUUUUUUAGCCCUUGGGACUUUGAACAAAAUGAUUACUCUUUUUCUUGAUAGGUGUCUGUGAUCUAAAUAACAUCAAAACUGACACAAAAUAUUAUUUUAAGUGAUUUUUCUUGAUGUGUAUAAAGAACAUGAAUGUAUAUUUUUUGCUGAAAAACAGUUUGAUGACUACCACAAACUGUCAGUUUGACUGUUCUUUCACAUUUGAAGGAAAACCACUGAGUUUCUUCAUUUUGUUAUUACUGCUGAAAAAUGAAUUCAUUCUUUUUUAACUUAAGAGCAAAGGAGAAACUGCAAUAUUAGCUUUAGUAGUGAUAUAUGUCAAGUUGUGCACUGUUCAAGUUGGGCACUGUUCCCCUGACUAGGUACUUCGAUGUAGAAAAGAAAGAAUUCUUACCAUACCAACGGAGCUGUAGGUAACAACUCACAACUUUAUCAGAUCGAUCCGUAUAGUAACAUUUGUUUGGUUUUGUUUGUAUUUACUAUUCAUCCUCUAGGAAAUGUAAGAAAAUAUGGUUGAAAGUUCUCUUUAUGAUUGUUUAACUUUCUCCAGAUCUCAGAGUUUUAUUUUGAUAUAACUUGAAAGCCUUUUGAAUCAUUCAAAGAGAUUGUUGGAAAAAAUUCCAUCGUAGUUGGAAAUAUAUCCUUUGAAAGGACUAUAAUUCAGCUUUAUUGGCGAAUUAGAUGACAACGUUUGCCGACAGUCAUUGCAUGCAGCCUGCACAAGCCAUCCUUACAACUGUGGCGGGGCUAUCAAGGAAUUGUUUUAAAUCCCUACGACAGUUGUAGCCAUGUCGUAAGGUCGACUAACGCAGUUGCAUGUGAUGAUUGUAGGCAAAAGUUGUGCCGUCUAAUUUGGCCUUUAGUACCAAACUCACAACUGGCCUUUUUGGAAUUUAAAAAGGGACAUACAGACUCUGUUCACAGCAGAAAAGGAACUGGGAGCAUGUAUACAAAUACUCCACUUAUCACAAAUUAAGCCUUGACACAUGGAAGACAAUGCUGCAGUUAGUUUUAUCUCCAUCUAUAUCAGUUUUGAUGUGGUUAUUCUUGUUGUGGUGUCCUUUGUUGUGACUAGGCAACUUCCCUUUUUGAAUUUCGGAAGARACAGCAAAGACAAGAAGCAUAUUUGUAUGUGAAAUCAAGCGUAUGAUUCAAACUUUUUGUACAUUAUAUAUCAAUCCUCCCUGGUGGGAUAAGAAUAAUAUUGUAUGAUCAAUGAUGUAUUAGGUCUAUUUACGUCCAUCAAUAUAUAUAUCUAUAUUCUAUCAUGUUAACUGAGAUAAGUUUACUGUGACCAAAAAAGUUUAUUCAUGGGUGUAAAUUAAAUUUUGAAAAAAGA